CAAAAAAACAAAAACAUAGUCUAGUGAAUGCUUCGCUUCUAAAGGAUAGAGCCUCCUUAUAAGUUUAUUUUCACUUUGGAAAAACGAACAUGACUUCUUGCCUUCCUAAGUUUACCAUAAAAUUACUACUGAUUCUAUGCUUCUCCUUAUCCUCCUCUCAUGCAUUCACCACUCGAGACUAUUCUGAUGCCCUUGAAAAAUCCAUUCUCUUCUUUGAAGGGCAGAGAUCAGGGAAGCUGCCCUCGAACCAACGACUUUCGUGGAGGGGUGACUCUGCAUUGUCCGACGGCUCUGGUUACCAUGUUGAUCUUGCGGGAGGUUAUUAUGAUGCAGGAGACAAUGUCAAGUUUGGCCUGCCAAUGGCUUUCACUACUACUCUAUUUGCAUGGAGCAUAAUUGAGUUUGGUAGCUCCAUGCAUAACCAACUUGAGAAUGCCAAAGCCGCUGUCCGCUGGGGUGCCGAUUAUCUUUUGAAAGCAGCCACAGCAACUCCUGCUACCUUAUACGCUCAAGUUGGAGAUCCGAAUAUAGACCAUCGUUGCUGGGAAAGGCCAGAGGACAUGGACACACCUCGGAAUGUGUAUAAAGUGACCUCCCAAAACCCAGGAUCAGACGUAGCAGCAGAGACAGCAGCAGCACUGGCAGCAGCCUCUAUUGUGUUCAAAGAUUCCGAUCCUCAUUAUUCCACCAAAUUAUUGCACACAGCAAUGGAGGUGUUUGAUUUUGCAGACAGGCACAGGGGCUCUUACAGUGACUCUCUCAAUUCUGUUGUCUGCCCAUUUUACUGCUCAUAUUCAGGAUACCAAGAUGAGCUAUUGUGGGGAGCUUCUUGGCUUCAUACAGCUUCAGAAAAUUCCUCGUAUUUGGCUUACAUCCAAUCAAAUGGCCACACACUUGGCGCAGAUAAUGACGAUUAUUCCUUUAGUUGGGAUGACAAACGCCCCGGAACAAAAGUUCUGCUUGCAAAGGGUUUCUUGGAGAAGAGCACCCAAGAAUUUCAGCUGUAUAAAGCACAUUCUGACAGCUACAUCUGCUCUUUGAUACCGGGAAUGCCAAAUUUCCAGGCCCAGUAUACCCCAGGGGGACUUCUCUAUAAACAAAGUGAGAGCAAUCUCCAGUAUGUUACCUCUUCGUCUUUCCUUCUCCUAACAUAUGCCAAGUAUUUACGCUCGAAUGGAGGAGUUGCAGCAUGUGGGGUCUCAACUAUCACAGCAGAUAAGAUCAUAGAAACUGCAAAGAGACAGGUUGACUAUAUAUUAGGAGAUAAUCCAGCAAAAAUGUCAUACAUGGUGGGUUUUGGGCAAAGGUAUCCCCAGCAUGUUCACCACAGAGGUUCCUCUGUGCCAUCAGUGCAUGCACAUCCGGGACGUGUUAGCUGCAGUGACGGAUUUCAAUAUCUCUAUUCCCGCUUGCCUAAUCCAAAUAUUCUCGUGGGAGCCAUCUUAGGAGGGCCUGAUAGCAGAGACAAUUUCGCUGAUGACAGAAACAACUAUCAGCAAUCUGAGCCAGCAACUUAUAUAAAUGCCCCUUUUGUUGGGGCUGUGGCUUUCUUCUCAGACGGAUCCACAACAGUCUAACAUUUUCAUUGCCUUUAAUGGAGAUAAAAAUCUGCUCCAAAAAUGUUGUGAUUCAGAACAAGUUGGCACGAUUUUGACAAUUACUACUAGUGUUGUUUUGUCCCUCGUCCAAUUUUGAGGGUUCUACAA